AUGUCUGCAUGCUUGGCCGAUCUAGGUGCCGUCGAGGCUUGGGAGGUUGGCAUUGCCCGUCUAGGCAUUGCCUUCUACGACAAGACGGGCUGUGUUGGCGAGGCCAUGUCGACGGACUGCCAGGACUCGAGACUUCUAUACAGUGGGCCGGAACCCACUCUAUUUGACGUGUUUGGGGGUCCAGGCAGCAUCUACCUCGGACAUCUUGUCCGGAUCUCAUGCUGGGAUGGCAAGUCAUUGGCUUUACGUACGUACGACUCAGACGACGUGCCAGUCGCGAAGCGAAGGUUUGGGCGUUGCUGA